AUGGCGUCCACACUCAAAUCCCCACCGCAAUCUCCUCCAGACUUCGCCAUCGCGCCCGCCCAGCUGCUCAGCGAGACGCAGGCCCUGAUCGCCUCGUCCGACGCCCUGCAGGACGCCCUGGCGCAGCGCCUGACGCCCGCCGAUGCCACCUUCGCCAACGUGCUGCUCCCGCUGCUGCACGACGACCACCGCGCCGCGCGCCGCCUGUGCGUCUUCCGCAUCUUCAGCUCCGUCGCCGAGGCCCCGGAGCUCCGGGAUGCCGCCCGUGCCGCCGAGCAGCUCACGGCAAAGGCCGAUGCCGCCGCGUUGAUGCGGCGCGACAUGGCUGCGCUGGUGGCCGCCGUGUACGACAAGCAUCGCUCCGGCGAGCUGCUUCUCGACGACGAGUCGGCGUACAAGCUCUUCAAGACGCACCGCGCCUACCAGAACGCCGGCGCCGGCAUCGCGGACCAGCAUCGCGGUGCGUACAUGGCCGCCGUGGAAGAGCGCAACAGCGUGCUCGUGGCCGCGCGCAAGACGCUCAGCGAGACGGACGAGGGCGUCUGGUUCACGCGCGCCCAGCUCGCCGGCGUGCCCGCAAGCGCCCUGGACACGAUGGACGCCGAGGACGACAGCCUCAAGGUGACGUUCAAAAAGGGCCACCUGUUCCCCGUCAUGAAGCACGCCGCCGACGCCCGCACGCGCAAGGCCCUGCACAUCGCCAAGGAGAACCGCUUCCCCGAGAACGUCGAGGCGCUGCAGCGGGCCGUGGCGCUGCGGGACGACAUCGCGCGGCUGCUGGGCUUCGCGAACCACGCGGCGCUCAAGAUCGAGGACAAGAUGGCGCCCAGCGUCGAGAGCGUCAUGGCCCGUCUGCACAAGCUCCGCACGCAGCUGCAGCCGCUGGCCCGCGCCGAGAUCGACACGCUGUACGCGCUGAAGAAGGCGUACAUCGCGGAGCACGGCAGCGCCGAGGACGAGGCAGAUGCGCCGACGUUGAACGCCUGGGACUGGGCCUUUUACGCGCGCAUCCUGGAAAAGGAGCGGUAUUCGGUCGAUUCGCUGCUCGUGUCCGAGUACUUUGAGGUGCAGCACAGUCUCGACGGUAUGCUGCGCAUCUUUGAGGAGCUCUUCGGCCUCGUCUUUGUGCCGACUGAGGCGCCGACCUGGCACAAGGACGUUGCUGUGUAUUCCGCCUGGGACUCGGACGAGCAAGGAGGAGGCUUCCUGGGCUAUCUCUACCUCGACAUCUACGCACGAGAUGGGAAAUACUCUGGGGCACACAGCUCCCUCGUCCAACCGGGCUUCACAACCGAGCAAAACACGCGCCACUUCCCGUCGUCGUCGCUCGUGUGCAGCCUCAUCCGCGUCGCCGGCAAGCCCACGCUGCUGCAGCACUCGGAGCUCAAGACCAUGUUCCACGAGCUGGGCCACGCCAUCCACAAGCUCGUCACGCGCACCGCCUACAGCCACGGCUGCGCGCGCGACUUUGUCGAGAUCCCCAGCAUCCUGCUCGAGAACUGGAUCUGGGUCCCGCGCGUGCUGCGCCGCCUGGGUCGCCACUACAGCUACCUGGGUGAUGAGCAGCGGGCAUUCUGGCUGGAGCGGAAUGGCGGCGACGAGACCGCCGAGAUGCCGUCCGAGACGCUCCCUGAGAAACUCGCCGAGGACCUCGCCAGGACAAAGCACGUCAGCGGCGCCCACGCCAUGCUGCACCAGGUCUUCCUUGCGCUGUUCGACUUGACCAUCCACAGCUGCGCCAGCCCGGAAGCGGCACGGGCAAUAAACACAACAGCUCUAUGGAACAAGAGCAAAGCAGAGAUUCUGGGACUACGCACGACCAAUGGAAUCGGCCAGGCGUCGUUUGCCCAUCCUUUCCGAGCAUACGAUGCGUCUUACUUUACCUAUGCCUUAUCCAAGGUAUUUGCUACCGACCUGUGGGUGAGUUGCUUCAAAAACAACCCAAUGGACUCGCAAGUCGGACUUAGAUAUAGACGGUGUGUCUUGGAGCCCGGAGGCGGCCAGCCCGAGGGUCUAAGCCUGAAAAACUUCCUUGGAAGAGACCCCAGUGACGAAGCAUACUACUCCGAGGUCUCUGGGGCCCAGGUCUCUGCGUCCGAGGUCUCUGCGUCACUGUAG